AAUAUGACGGGGCGCCACUCGCGCGCGCACCGCGGACCAAACCGCUACCAAACACACACACUAACGGUUCAAUUUCAAAUUUUUAUUUUAAAUUGAUCUCAUGUGACAGUGAAAAGGAUUCUUAAAGGAUUUUGUGCAUAUUGUGAUCGGUGUUACUUAUAUUGCAGAUCAUAUUCGGAGCUACCGGUGACUGCUAUAAGUGACAAGUAAACAUUUAAUAUCGAAAUAAUCGAACACUCAACUUUCGCCAUGUGUCUGUGCGAAUAGGGUUGUGAAACUGCACACAAACUAUUCACUGCCGAAACUGUUACCAAUUGACUUAGUGAAGUGUCUUAGUGUAACAACAUUGGGCCACGCUCUUAGACUAGGCGGUUUAUUCUUGAUGUCAGUCCGCUCCAAAAGUAAUGGAUAGAAGCCACAGUAGAUCGGCGUCCCCCCGGGAGCCGGCGCGGCCACAACACAGACCUCCCUCGCCGCCCUCGCCGCCCGCCGCCUUUGACAACAGAGCCUACGAACACGACGACUACGACCCCAAUCAUAAUGACUUCGACUCCACCGGACCCAACCAGAACGGUCACACCAAAGAGGUCAACGGAGAUACCAAAACUCUCGAAGCUGUCAAUUUGGAACUAAUAAACUUAACCCCUAAGAACGGGACGUCAAAACAAAGGAAAGACGUCGAGGUAGAUAUGAACACGAGCAACCCGUACGACGAGUACUUCGUGCCGGUCAAUGAGCACAGGAAAUAUAUGAGAGGUGAAAAACUGUACGUGACUGCGGACAAGAGAGGAGAGAAAGGCGGCUGCAAGCGACCGCUAUGCUGGACGCUCCUGGGGCUAGUUGUUGCAACCAUUGUCGCUCUAAUAGUGCUAGCAGCCACUGGAAUACUCUUCACUAACUCUCCUACGCCUCUCGAGCCAUAUAAUGCAUCCGUCAGCUCAGCGCGCGCGCUCGGCGGCAUCUCCAACGUAAUAAACAACGACCAGAGUCACGAACACGACAGAGACCACGAAAUUGACCAAGGACAAGAUGAGAAUCAUUCUCAUGUCCACGGACAUGACCACGGAAACAAUGAACAGAACAGUGAAAGCGAACAAUACGGUGAAAAUGAUCAGACCACUGAACAUGGUAACAAUCAGGACCAAGACAAUAGUCAAGAAGAUAUGAGCCGUGAGAACCAAGAAAUUCUACGCACUCAGUAUCGAACGACAGCUCCUUCUGUAGACCAGGGACCACAAAUGCAAAAUGAUGAUUCCAUCGAUCCUUCCUCGGCAUCUGAGGAAACAGGCGAUAAAUCAAUUUAUGUACCUCGAACUCUAGAAGGAGAACUAAAAAUCGAUAACGACGAUUUCACCGCUGCCCUCGAAGACCCCGAAAGCGAUGGUUACAGAGAUUUCGUAACCGCAUUCGGUCAUGCCCUUAAACAAGUAUUAUUCAACAAGAAUUCAAAAAUAAAUAAAUUAGAGUAUAGUGAGAAUGACAUCGCUCUUGAGAUCAUUAAAAUAAGACGGGGAUCAAUAAUUGUUACUUACAGAAUCCAUUGGGAUCCUAAGUACAAUACUCAAACUUCAGACAACCUUCUUACACCAAAUACAUUGAAAGAGAGUUUGGACUUGUAUUUAGCACAAAACAAUAGAAUGAUUAGUAUUUACCACAUAGCUGAAGACGAAAUGGCCACAAGACGAAUUUUAGAUAUAUGUCAAAUAAAUAAAAACGGCUGUGAUUAUGGAUGCCAGUUCGACAAGAGAACCUUAGACUUUACAUGCACUUGUCCUCCCGGACAAAUUAUUGAUAUGAAACAGCCCAAAAAGUGUAUGUUACUCUUUGACAAUCAGGAUCAAAUGAAUAACAACUUCACAUCGGACUUGAGCACAGUGACCGCAAACCCCAAUGCUCUAGAUGUCAAACCCAAUACAGAGACUAUAUAUAGCAAACAAACUGCGCCUCCACUUUCAGAAACUACAACAGAAAAUGAUUCAGAUGUAAACUUCUCACACAUAUUUGGUAGCUCGCUGAACGAAAAUGAGAAACAUGUUACAGAAAAACAUCAACCGGAAGAACACAAUAAUAUGGGUACGCAAUACAUUACUUUCUUAGAAACAACUCAACAACCCAGCACUGAAUACGCAAUGAUAGACAAGUUUUCGAAAAAUAACGAACCUAUUGCAGAACCCGAACCGACAUCUGAACCCCAACCUGACGUGAAAACUACAGUAGCUGCUUUCAGCUUUGAUCAUACAACUCCAAAUAAAGACAUGCAACCUAAACCAACGUCAAUGCCUGAGUUUACUAGAUCAUCUGAACCACAACCUACGCCUGAGCCUACUACUGAAAUGUUCCUAUAUCAAACAACUGAGACUAAAACUCCAUUUGUUGUAGGAAAUGUUCAUUUUAGUGAAUCUAACCAAAUGAGAAACAAUAAAGAUUUGAGCGAAAAUGAUAAUUUAUCAACCACCGAAGCAUCUUCUUUUACUCAUCAUAUUCAUCACAAUCAUAUGACUACAACAAUGUCUUCUGAUAUAGAUACUACUCAACCUGAAAUGAAGUCUGAAAAGUAUAUCCAAGAAACAACUACGGAAAAUGAGUGGCUUGAAGACUCAAGUGAAAAAUCACAACCUUCUAAAAGCGAGAAAAGCAGUACAGUGAUAUAUGAAAGAUCGUCAAAAUCAUAUGAAUCCGUAUACGAAACAAGUCAAAAUCCAACAACUAUACAAAGCACUGAUAAAGAAAUAGAAUCCUACACUAGAAGCGGUAUAACUAAAGAAAUACUAAACGAAGGAGAUCAUACUAUUAAUGCUGUAUCAAUAUCACAAUUCCUUGGAAAGAAACCUGGAGAAGAAACAACGAUGAAUAGUUUAAUAGAUACGACAGUCUCGGUAUUGACGGGAAUAGAAGAAAGCCGUCAUUUCUUUCAUAAUGAUACCACAGAGAUUAAUAUAACCGGGGAAACAACACCCAGCCAAAUUUCCAUAUUCGGUGCUACAUCAGGAAGUUCCACGAUGCAUGAUCAUGGAGACCCGACUACUCCAGCCUUCGAAACAAGUACUGAAUAUUCUAUUGCAAAGCAAACUAAAGACGUAAAUAUGUUAGAUCCAAACUUUAUGACAAUUCUUAAAAAUACAAACAAUACCCAAUUUGAUAACAAUAUGAAUUUUAACGCGACAACUGAAAAAGAUUUUGCUGAGGGUGACAUUACCUUUGAUGCUAUUAAUAAACUGUACAAUCGGUCAUCUAAAUCUUUUGUAAAUGACAAAGAGCAUGUGGCAAUUGGAACUGAAGUAAACGAUAUGUUUAAAGAAACCACAGAAACUACAACUAGUGCAGAUUGGUUGUCUGAAACCGUCACAGAAAUAAAUUAUCAAGAUAUCAUCGACGAAAAUAAAAACAAAUUAACAACAGAAACAUCUGCAACUAAAUUAGAUGAAAUAAUGAGCCGAGGUUUAAACAAAGACGACUUUGAACCAGAUUAUCUAAAUAUGGGCUCUAACACCACUAAAAACGUAGAACAUGACAUGCCUCAGUACGGCAUGCUUCACGAUUACGAUAAUGAUGAUUUGGUGGUUAAAAGGGUGAAAAACGCUCCUGGUUCAAUGCUUGAAGAGACUACUGCAAUGAACGCAGUGGAAAUCGCUUCUAAAGAAAAUCAAAUGGAAGAAUUAACUCCUAUACCCACAGUUGAACCUAUUAUGACUUUUCAAACCACCACAGUAACCGAUUACAUAUACAAAAUGUUGAAUGAGUCUAACGAAAACGUGAAUUCUACAACAAGUACAACACAAGCAGUCCCUCAAGUUUGGGAAAACUCAGAAGAUGACAUGAACUUUAUUAGAAACCUGGCAACUUCAGUUGUAACAGAAGCUGUUUCAGACAUUACAACUACAUUAGCCACGACGGCUAUAGAUAAUAUUGAUAAAAGUAAUAACGAAAAUUUGAUAAACGUCUCAGAAUCGAACAUGCAAUCCAAUAACGUUUCUCAGGCAAAUAAUUUAAAUGUUAACAUUUACGAAAUAUCUAGUCACCCUGACAACCAUACUACGGAAUCCAUAAAUCAUCAGCCAGCUGAAUUUGUAGUCCACGAAACCGAGAUGAAUCCAUUUUUACCUGAAACAGAAAAUAACAAGAGUCUAGUAAAGAAACUGCAAGAAGGUCAUGACUUGGAACCAUCUAAUGUAAAUGAAACGCAAAAUGAAAAUUCAGAGGAUCAGAUGCAUCGCGUUUCCGACGAAAGCACUGCGGUAAUAAAUCAAACAGACAGUAAUGUUACAACAUCUGCAUUAACAGAAAACACAACUUUGAAAACCGAAGAUAAUGAAGCGAUAUUAAAGGAAAUGUUGAUGCACCAAGAUAUUGCUUCUAAUGAAGAAUCAUCACGAACAUUAGGAGAAAACAGUAAAGAUAUGGAAAUUACUACAUCCAUUGAUGCACUGGUCGAUGAUACAAAGGAUUUAUCUGUUCAAAAUGAUGUAGUACCUCUAACAACAUUUUUAUUAGACACUGACGAUUUAGACACUACCAAAGAUCCUUUUGAAAGGGAAAAUGUACAAUCUGGACUCGUUGGAAACCAAGACACAACAACGAUGUCGAUUACAAUUCCUGAAACUACUCCUACUACAGAUAAUAAAAUAAAAAUGAACGAUAAUAAUGACAUACUUAGUGUAGUACCGAUAGAGCCAGAAGUUAUUAACGACCAAGAAAAUUUGAAGAAAAACUUCGACGGAGAAAACAUCGCUGAACUAAAUCAAAUAAGUGAUUCACCCAAAAAGAGUGACAGAAGGACAUUAGAUUCGGACAAUACUAACUCUCUUAUUUAUAAUGAGGCGUAGUGUACGUAUGUUUUUAGUAAUAUGCAAUAAGUUUGUACAUGACUUCAUUCCCUGUGAUUCUGUCGAACAAUAUUAACUAACAUUCUUUGAGUACCGAUGUAGUGUUGAAUGUGUAAUGAAUGAAAAUUGGGCAUUUUCCUACAUUUCCUAAUUACAUUGAAUCCUGUUUACUAUAAAGACAAUAAAAUAUAUUUUGCAUUAGACUAGUCAAAUUGUAACGAUCACGAUGAAGAUCGUGAUAAAUUUAGAUUAUUUAUUAUUUGAAUGUGCUCAUAUGCAUGACCAAAAAUCAUGAAACAUUCUCCCUUGCGCUAACUUUCACAGACAUACUUUAUUGCAUUCUAUUAUAGAUUGUUACCAUAGAUAAAUGUAUAUUAUAUUAAUUUUAAUAAAACUUAAUUUUGGGAUAUAGAAUAAAAGAAAAUAUUCAAAGAUUAAAAAUGACUUGUCUUGAAAGGAUACUGCCAUGCCUGAAUGUGAUAACAUGGACAUAAAUUAUAAUAUUAUAGUAAUUUCCAUUCGUACAUAAAUAUCCAGAGCUUGGUGAUAUUUAGCUGAAGUGAUGUCUGAUUGUAUAAUAAUUAUUAUUGUAGAUCUUGUUAACUAAGAUAUAUUUUGUAUAAUAUGGUUGAAACUGUAAAGAAUUAUGUUGUAAAUAAAUUUAAAGUUAAUAAUUAA